AUGGAGACCUUGUACCGCGUCCCAUUCUUAGGGCUCGAAUACCCCAACCUGAAGCUGAAGCAGCCGCCCUGCGUGCACAUGCCGUGGGCCAUGAAGGUGUAUGCUCUGGUGGUGGUGUCUUAUUUCCUCAUCACCGGAGGAAUAAUUUAUGAUGUUAUUGUUGAACCUCCAAGUGUUGGUUCUAUGACUGAUGAACAUGGACAUCAGAGACCAGUAGCUUUCUUGGCCUACAGAGUAAAUGGACAAUAUUAUGGAAGGACUUGCAUCCAGCUUCCUGUUUACAAUGAGAGGUUUAGGUUUCAUAAUCCUGGACGGAUUGAAUGCACCAAACAUUCCAAAACUCAAUAGAUUUCUCCUUCUAUUCAUUGGAUUCGUCUGUGUCCUAUUGAGUUUUUUCAUGGCUAGAGUAUUCAUGAGAAUGAAACUGCUGGGCUACCUGA